AUGUUUAGAGAGAUACCUAUUCUUGAAAGCAACCCAGAAAGAGGAAGAGAUAUUCAGCUGGUAAAAUCCUGCAUUCACAGUGUGGUAGUCCGAAACCAGAGCCAUGAGGAUAAAGCUCUUAGGGAUGAACUAGUAAUGGACGUCAGAGACCCCACUACUCGAGAGGCACCUAAUGUUCUUUUCUCAAUAUUUUCCGGCGAAGUGAGAAUGAUUGCUGUUUGUUUCCUUUUGGACAGAUUUUUUGGUAGUUUGGGCACUGGAUGUAUUUCACUUAGAACUUUGGAAGGCGUUUCUUUGUCUUUUACAUCAGAAGAUGGAAUGGCUUCUUCAGGCGUUUUAUCACAAAUGCCUACUUGUUGGGAUGCAUCAUUUUGUGGGUGCUUUUGCGGCGUAUUCACAGAUUCGUCAUCAUGUAGGGCGACUGGAGUGCUGUGGAGACCUGACGUUCCUGGCUGUGACAGAAUCUCAGUUGCUGGUGCAGUAUUUCCUGAAUUUAGAAGUAUACUAAUUGUAAGACAAUAUGGACAAGUAGCUUCCAAGCGAGGCAUACGAGGGCAGGGGGUCCCAAAACGUGCUGAAGAGCAAAAAGUGCCCCCCACAUCGGUAACACAAAUAUGUAUUAUACUCUCAAAACCGUUUGAAGAACAGGGAGAUGCAACCUUUCCUAGGAAAGGUACAAAUCAAGUUUAUGAGGCGACCGAAAUCUCACAGGCGCUCUUAGAUCUGCAAGAUCCUGCGCCUCCAUUUAUCACUACGUACGACAAUAAUUGUUGUGUCAUAAUUAUUAUGAAAAUAGCAGGGAUUAGAGCAGGAAAAAAUGCUCCGCAACUAGAAGAAGACACAGCUCGAUUUUGUUACUUUUGUCCUCGUAGAAAAAAUAGAAAAGUGAAAAAAGGGGCAAUACAUGCCAGCUGCCGAUUUGCCCCGCACACACAAUCAAUCGGUGGCUUUAUGUGA